CCUUCCAGUACACCACGUCCGCCGCCGGUGAAUGCCCUCCGCAAGGACUGCGCCUAGCCCCUCUGCUCCGGCGCUCCUCGGCCGUCCCUGGCCCUCUGCCUGGUCGCCAGGGACGUGCUGCUCCGCGCCUGCUCCAGCCGGGGGCCGCCGCCCGCCGCGCCGGCUCUGGCCCUUUGCUCCGACCAAUCCCGGUGCUGCUCGCCUGCUCGGCCGAACUCUGUCGCCCAAGACUUGCUGUCAACAAACUACAAGCAGGCUGGGACAAGGGACAAUUGGCUUCUUCAAGAAGGUAGAAGACGCCGUCCACCCUGUGUCACCGUCGCCAGAAGGUAGAAGACGCCGUCCACUCCUGUUCAGCCACUGCACCAUCGUCCAGCACCUCAAGGCCGACAUCGCCUGGAGCUCCUGUUCAAGAUUUCAGAUCCAGAGAUGAGUACUGAAACUACUUGAUGCUAAGAUUUAGACUGAAGUUACUGUCAAAACUGUCAAUUUUCUCCUUGAUGUGAGCAUUUAUAGUUUGAUCCAGAGAUUCAGCCAAAUUGUCCAUUUAACAGAAGUUAGGUUCAUAACUGAUCCCUAGCUAUCAAAAUUUAGUUAAUCAAACUGUAACAAAUUGUCCAUUUAACAAAACUUAGGUUCAUACCUGAUCACUAACUGACAAAACUGAGAAGUGUACUCCUGGAGUACUCCUGCUUGGAAUAUUUUCCAUUUUGAAACUAAGAUCUGCUUGGAGCAUUUUCAGUUUGCAAAA